AUGUUCAACUUUCUGGAUGGUUCUUCGUCUGACGAUGAUUUGGUCGGCGUGUUUUGUCCUGAUGCGGGGGUGCUGCAUGCAACGAAAGCCGUGGCCAUGUUCCAACAGCUGGCGGCGAAGCACGGGGCGGCACUACAAGACAAAACAGCGGUUACUGCCAUCGAGCCACUACAGGACAAAGAAGCAGCAGCUGCAGGGAUGGCAAAUUCUGGUCGGAUUCGUGUGGUAACCAGCAGAGGCAGCGUUACAUGUAAUGACUGUGUUGUGGCAGGAGGGGCAUGGGCGGGAAAAUUAUUAGAAAGGGCAACAGGGAGGAAGCUUCCUCUGCAGGCACUAAGAACCACCGUGUCGUAUUGGAGGGUUGCUGGGGAGGGAGGGGCAGAUGCUGAUUGUGCUCCUGCUGCUGCUGCUGCUGCUGCUGCUGCUGGUUGUGAUACUCACACUGCUGCUGCUGCUGCUGCUGCUGCUGAUACUGCUGCUGUCGGUGCUAAUAAUGCUGCUGCUGCUGCUGCUGCUGCUGCUGCUGAUUCUGCUAGUAGCAGCACUUCCAUUCCGUUAUUUAUCAACUAUGACGAACCAUACGUGUACGGCAUUCCGAGCCUGGAGUUCCCGGACCUGAUUAAGGUCUCCAUCCAUUCCGGCCUGCCCUGCCCCGAUCCUGACAACCGACCCUCUCUCCCGGACGUGCAUGCGGUCCGGGCCGUGCUGGUGCCAUGGCUGCAGGCCAGGCACCUUCAGCAGCAGCAGCAACAGCGGCAGCAGCAGCAGCAGCAGCAGCAGCAGCAGCAGCAACAGCGGCAGCAGCAGCAGCAACAGCGGCAGCAGCAGCAGCAGCAGCAGCAGCAGCAGCAGCAGCAGCAGCAGCAGCAGCAGCAGCAGCAGCAGCAGCAGCGACAGCAGCAGCCCGCGCCAAAUCACACCCACGAAACGCGUGUCACCUCAUCGUCGCCCUUCAACGCUCUCAGCCUCUUCGGUGGCGGAUUUGGCGGCGGAUUUGGCGCUGGCUUCGGUGGCGCGUUGGCUGGGCUUGGGGGAGCGGCAGGAGGCGGCUCGUCCUACUCCUUCCAGAGCUCAACGGUCACCUACUCGGGGAUAGGCGGGCAGACGUACUACUCUGAAUCGUCCUCGCACCAAAUCGCUGCCAACGGGGUGGUGGAGGCACAGCAACAGCGGCGGGACUCCAGGGGACACCAGAGCAUGACCGUGGCGCGCGGGUUGGGAGACAAGGCGCGCACCCUGAGCUGCACACGGGAGGGCGAGCAGCAGCGGUCGUACGAGAUUCUGCACAACAUGUCGCAAGAGGAAGCAGCAACCUUCGACAGCACAUGGCAGCACCACGCUCAUCACUCCCUCUUUGUCCUCCUCCUCAGUUCUUACAAACUCUUUUCUCUAUUUCUCUUCAUCUCCCCUUGGCAUUCCAUUGCAGAGGAAGCAGCAACCUUCGACAGCACAUGGCAGCACCACGCACGUCACGCCCUCCCUCCCUCCGCCGCUGCUCCUCCUGCUCCUUCUGCCCGCCUCGCCCUCCCUUCCUCCGCUCACCGUUCCUCUUCUCGCCAACCCUCAUCAAGGCCCCCCGGGGGGGCAAGAGGGCGAGGGCAGGCGUAUGGGUAUUAG